AUGUUCACUCUACUUGCAGCGGGUGAGACAGCCACGUUCGAGUGCAGCGUGGCGGGAGAAGAGUCGGCCUCCGUGACGUGGCUCAAAGACAACAAGCCGCUGAGCGACCGCCUCAUGGACCGCGUGUCCAAGAGCAACGUGGACAACGCCUUCAAGCUGGAGAUCCAGAACCUCAUCGAGGCCGACACCGGCAUGUACACGGCGCACGCCACCAACGCCGAGGGCUCCAGCACCUGCACCGCCCACCUGCUCGUCCAGAAACUUACGGACGAGGAGAGGAAACAGCGCGCCGAGGCGAACCACCCCGUGUUCCUGGUCAAGCUCAAGGACACCGAACUUCUGGAGAACACGUACCUUCGAUUCAUGGUCAAAGUCAAGGGCAACCCUAACCCCACCGUGAGAUUCUACAAGGACGACAGUCGCAUUCUGUCGACCAACGACCGCCUCAAGGUGAACACGGAACAGUCGGACGCCGGAUACUACGAGCUCGUCAUCCCGGAGGUGAAGCCGGAGGACGCCGGCAAGUACUCGUGCGUGGCCAUCAACUCGUACGGCGAGGAGCGCUGCGACGCCCAGCUGUCUGUCGUGGACGAGAAGGAUGUUUUUGCGGGACUAGAAGAGGGUGAGGAGGUUGCCCCUGGGCAGGCGCCCACCUUCCACUGGACGCGCAACGGUCAGCAGUUCGACCCAGAGGAGCGGUUUAAGGUCCUUCUCACAGCCCAGAGGCAGGAGGAGCAGUGCCUGCAGCGGAUAGAGGGCGCGUUCAUAACGGGCGAUGAGCGUCAAGAGCGCUGGGAGAUGGACUUUGAGCGCGAGUCCGAGGGCGGGAUUCAGUCCCCUGAAGAUACCGUGGGCGGGAUCAUUCGGAUUCAGUCCCCAGAAGAUACCGUGGGUGGGAUAAAGUCCCCAGAAAGCGCCGAGGAAGGAAAGGGCCGGCAGGAUCUCCAACAGGGCCCCCAGCAGGGCGGCCUGCAGGUCCCUCUGGACCCCACUGCACGGCAGAUCAAAACCAUCGCGUUCGCCAAGUACGCGCAGGCCAGGAAGCUGAGCGUCCUCGAGAAGAGGAUCAACGCGUUCCGGAAGAGGGAGGAAGGUGACGCGUUUGAGGGCGACGACGUGGAGGAGCGGACGGAGGAGGACGAGAACGAGCGCCUGCAGGCGGGCGGGCAGGACUCGGAGGGAGGCGACGAGCGCGUCAGGAUGGAGGAGAGGGAGUUCCAGAGGCUCAGAGAGAUUGAAAAGGAGAAGGAGGUGGAGAGAUUAAGGCAGCUGGAGAUAGACAAGAUGACGGAGAGGCUCAAAGAGGAAGAAAGGGGUGCGGAAAUAGAAAAACAAAAGGAGAUCGAAAGGCAAAAAGAAGUAGAGAAGCAGAAGGAAGUAGAAAGGCUAAAACGAAAAGAAGAGCAAAAGAGACUUGAAAAACAGAAAGAAAUAGAAAAACAGAUAGAACAAGAUAGACUCAAGGAAUUCGAGAAGCAAAAGGAAAUAGAACGUCAGAGAGAAAUAGAAAAGCAGAAAGAGAUAGAAAGGCAAAAAGAGGUAGAGAAGCAGCGGGAAAUAGAACGCCAGAAAGAAAUAGAAAAGCAGAGGGAAAUAGAACGUCAGAAAGAAAUAGAAAAGCAGAAAGAGAUAGAAAGGCAAAAA